AUGUCGUCGGGGCGUGUCCCCGAGCCUGCGGGGUCCUCCGAGGCGCCGGAGCAGGGCCUGGGCGUGCAGCCCCCCAACUUCUCGUGGGUGCUCCCGGGCCGGCUGGCGGGGCUGGCGCUGCCGCGGCUGCCCGCGCACUACCGGUUCCUGCUGGCCCAGGGCGUGCGGCACCUGGUGUCGCUGACGGAGCGCGGGCCCCCGCACGGCGACUGCUGCCCGGGCCUCACGCUGCACCGCCUGCGCAUCGCCGACUUCUGCCCGCCCGCCCCCGAGCAGAUCGACCGCUUCGUGCACAUCGUGAACGAGGCGAACGCCCGGGGAGAGGCCGUGGGAGUGCACUGCGCCCUGGGCUUCGGCCGCACGGGCACCAUGCUGGCCUGCUACCUGGUGAAGGAGCAGGGCCUGGAUCCUGAAGCCGCCAUCGCCGAAAUCCGGCGGCUCCGGCCCGGCUCCAUCGAGACGUACGAGCAGGAGAAAGCGGUCUUCCAGUUCUACCAGCGGACUAAAUAG